AUGGAGCUGCGGCUGUGGUUCCUUUUCGGGCUCGCAGUGACCUCCGCCGCAGGAUUGGUGCCUCGCCCCCAGCCUGGGGACGCUGGCAGGAGCGGCGAGCCCCGGGUCCCCUCUGCAGCCAGAUCGGAGGGGGACACGGAGGAGACUGUGGCCACAACAGCAGUGCGCGGUCCAAGCCCCAGAAGCCCUGGGCAGGAGGAGGGACCCGGUCGGUUUGGGAAGCAGGCGGCCAAGGGGGGCCCUGUGCACCACCGAGCCCGGCGCUGUACAUGUUUUACCUACAAGGACAAAGAGUGUGUCUACUAUUGCCACCUGGACAUCAUCUGGAUCAACACUCCUGAACGGACUGUGCCCUAUGGACUGUCCAACUACAGAGGCAGCUUCCGGGGCAGAAGGUCGGCCGGUACCUUCCCGCAGAGCUCACAGCCGUCGAAGGGGACGCCGCGCUGCGCCUGUGCGGAGAGCGAGGACGCCGCCUGCGUGCACUUCUGCGCCUGGACCCCGGCUGCCCGCGGGAAUUCAAGGACGGCACGAACACCUGACAGAGAAGCAGGAAAGCAGGCCAGCGGUGCUGCCGGGGGCGUGCGUCCGAGGAGCUGCGCUCUAGCGGCCACGCUGAGAUUGCUGAGAGUCUGAAGCUGAUGGAGUGUUUAGUCAUCCACGGGGAUGGGGA